AAAGGGAGGAGAUGAGAGCGACGCGCUACCCGUUGGCCGCUGCUGAGCCCGUCACCCGUGAAGUUCGUCCUUAUCACCACCAGUUGAAGAGAGAUGCGAUGGAGAGAGAGGGGGUCCGCGGAGGGUGGUCGCCGUUCAUGGAAUUCGUGCCAGCGCUGUCGCGGAGGAGCGUCCCUACCGUCAACGAGCUGUCGCCAUCGCCGACCGGAACCCUCGCCGUCAUUGUCCUCAUCCGAACCGCCGUCGAGCCUGAAGUCAAAGGGGGAGAAAACGUGAUGGAAGAGAGGAAGGAGGGGGCUGUUCCCUUCGUCACCAAGCCACAGCCGCCAUCGCCACUGUUGGGUCAUUACCGGAGAAAGUCACGGCUGCUGGAGCUCGCCGGAACUGCUUGGAGUUGCUUCCACUCCUCCUGGUUCUGUUCAAGCUGCGCCGCUACACUUCGGGACGCCGGAAACGACGUCAUGGCUGUCGGGACCACCGCUUGAGCCGCUGCUGUUCGGUUCAAUCAUUUUUCCUCAGUUAUUUACUGUGGUUGCUGCGAAAGUGGUUUGUAGCUGAGGUUGGGGUUGCCGCAGUUGCGGGCCGAGAGAAAACGGAGUAAAAGAAUUUCUUUUUUAGUGGCUGGUUCAGGAAGCUUUGGCACGAAGCUAUGAUCAAACUACGGAGCUUUAUGUAUAUAUAUGUUUUCAUUCUCUGUAUUUGAUUUAGUCUUAGAUUUUAUUUUACCCCUCGUCCUUUGUCAUUUUAAGUUUUAGAGGGGCAGGACUUAUAUAUUUAGAAGUUUUGGAUAAGUCUAUGUAUUUAUUAUUAUGUGAAUAUGAUAUGUGAUUAUGUGAUUUUAAAGUAA